UGCCGAAGUUUUUAAAUCAGCGAAGUGUUUUUAUCAUAAGGGAAUAAGCGAAAAAAGUAACCAAUGGCUGAAAAUCCUUUUCGCAUUCUCUUAGAUUUUCGUGAAUUGAAUUUCAAAUUCUACAAAUUUGUGUGGAUGAGUAUUUCACCUCGUGAAUUACUUACAAUAAAUGAUUUAAAAGAUGCAAUAUUGAAAAAAUUUGCUUUUGAGCGAACUGACUUGCUGCUUUUUCUUCGUGAUGGUCUUCUUCCGGAAGAUGAGAAUAUCACUAAUAUUUUAAGAGAAAAUGAUAAUGUUAGAUUAUUUUAUGCAGAACCAUCUAAUUUAAAUCUAAAUGAUUCAAAGGUAAUAAAUUAUGAAGAAGUUGGACAAAGUGCUAUUGAUGUCAAAGUAAAAUCUCCAGAGAAACGCAAAGGGCACUCAGAUAUUUUAGAAGACAGUAAUGAGCUAGAAAAACCUAAUAAAAAAAGAAAAUGCAAUUUUUCAAAUGGAACUUAUAUCUUUAAAAGUAAUAGCUCUACUGAAAAUAUUUCUUUAAAUGCUGUUUCUAAUGAUGCAGAAAAUAUUACAAAUUCAGAUUUGUAUAAUUUUGGAAGUGAGGAGCAUUGCAAAUCAUCUAAAAUUAAAAAGAAAUUAAAAUAUUCCAAUGAUGUUCCACAGAAUAGCUUAAUUUCUGAGAAUGAAACUUUUCUUUCCUGUGAUAUUGUUCCAGUACUGGAAAAAAACCAAAGUAAGGUUAAUUCUUGUAAAAAGAAAAAGAAACACAAGCAUUUCAAAGAUAUUUCUGAAAUUGCUUCUGAGAAUAAGAUUAUUUUUUGUGAUGAUAUUAUUGUGGCACCUGAAAUAAAUAAAAAAGAGAAAAAGCUUCAUAAAAAGAAAAAGAAUAAUAAAUUUUCUCAUGAUGCAUCUAAAAUAGAUUCUGUAUCUGAAACUGCAAUUUCUUUUUCUGAUGAAAUCAUGGGUUUAACUGAGAAAUUAGACGAUUUUGAACAAGAAUUUAAUUCAAGAAAUGAUCUAUCAGAACAAAGAGAAAGUAUAUUUGAAACAGUUACUGAUAAUUCUGAAGUUCUCAAUCUUGGUCCAGUUUCUUUUUGUGCACCUUCUGCAAGUCCUUCAUCAGGAAUUGGCGAUUCCUUGAAAACUUCUAAAGAAAAUAAUCAGAAGGUAUCUUUAGAGCAAAACUGUAAUAAAUCCUAUGUUUCUGAUGAUAAAGCUCCUACUGUAGAAACAGAAGAGAGUAAUCUGUCUUUUAGUCAAGGAAAUAAUUGUAAGAAGAAGAAGAAAAGGAAACGACAUAGAAAAAGGAAACCACUGUUAAUUAAUUCACAAAUGGAUGAAUCAAGUGACUAUAAUUUGGGUAUAUCGCAUCAGAAAAAUGAAAAUCAAUGCAUUAAAAAUACAUCAGCUGCUGAAAUUUCUUCCAGAAAUGAAGAAACUUCAGACAUCUCUAAAUCCAAUGCAUUUCCUUUUAAAAAACAUAGUAAUUGUUCAGAAAUAAAAAGUAGUUUUUUAGAACCAUUUGAUACUUAUCUUCCAAGCACAUCUACACCUUUUUUGCUAAAUCAGGUUGCAUCUCCAAGAAAAAAUAUCUUCAAAAUGCCCAGCAGUUCUAAUACCUCUGAGGAUCAAUCUUGCUCAGUUGCAGCAUCGCAGAAUACGAUUUUACUUCCCAUCCAGAAAAAAACGAAUGAAAAUUCUCUCUUCACUCGCUCGUCACCCAGCGUUAUUACUAAGAAUAAGAAUGAUGAUAACACUUCAAAUCAAGAAAAGAGCUUGCCAGUCAAGAUAAAUAAUUCUUCCACUAAAUCCUCAGAUUCAUUUUCUAAUAAAGGAAUAAAUCGAUUUCUGGAUCCAAAUUUUUCCUAUAAAAGUUUCCCUCCUUUAAAUUCUUGUCCACUUGUAGGUACUCAUAUUGCAUAUAAAGUAUUGGAAUUGGAUGCAUCAUAUAGUCCUGUAGUAUCAAAUUACAAAGAAGGUAUAGUGAAAGCUGUAAAUUCACAAACAGAUGAACUAGAAAUAGAAUUGGUAGAACCUGAAGUUAAAGAAGGUAGGACUGGAAAGUUUGAAAUUUUAUAUCAAGAUGAACUACCUUCUUGUGAAGUGAUCAAAAAAGUAACGUUGAAUUGGACAUCUUUAAUUGAUCCUGUUCGAGUGAUAUAAUGAACAAGAAAAAAGAAUCAACUGCUAUAUUUCCUGAGAAUUUUGUAAUAUUUUCCUGUUAAAUUGCAGUUAUUAAUAAAAACUUUC